AUGAACCAAAUUCUAGCUUCUGCAAAUGCUAUUGGGGAUGAGUUAGAAAUAGAGGGACCCAGUCCUGGGGGCGAAGAAGCUGAAAUUUAUCGGAACAGGAAAGGAUAUUUUUCAUUUAAUGUGCAAGCCAUUUGUGAUUCAAAAUUGAUUAUAAAGGACAUUGUAGAUGACCAGGUUCGUCAUCAGAUGCUACAAUUUUUAAUAAUUCAAGGGUGCGAAGAGAUAUGGAAUUUCAAAGGUAGUUUGUUGCUUGGGGAUGCAGGGUAUCCAAUAAAAAAUUACCUUAUGACGCCUUUACAAGACCCAAGAACUCCAGCAGAAGCAUUGUAUAAUGAAGCCCAAAUACGUACUAGAAAUCCUAUUGAAAGAUGUUUUGGCGUAUGGAAACGGAGGUUUCCUAUUUUAGCAUUAGGUAUAAAAUUACAUAUUGAUAAGGUCGAAGAGAUAGUUAUUGCUUCUGCAGUAAUACAUAAUGUUGCUAUUCAUAUGAGGGAUGAAUUAUCAUAUGUAAACGAAGAAAUUGAGGCAGCUAUACAGAUAGGAAAUGUUAAUGAAGUUGCAAACCAACUAAAAAAUUGCUACCUUAAAAUUUAUUGCAAAGUACAAUGA